CAACAAGCAAACUCUAAAUUCUCAUAGAAACAUGGAUUUAUUUCUGUCUGCAUUGUUUUAAAAGUUUAACUUGAAGGUUUACUUCCUGAUAGAUUUAAUUCUGGAGGAUGUUUUUAGAUGAAGAAUGAAUAAAUUGCAGCUCCAGGUGCAUCAGCAGUGACCACACCUGGUUGUAUUUUCCACAUCCAUGACCAGAGUCCAAACCUUAUUGGAGGCUGUUGACCGUACAGCUCACUGAGAGGACAGGCGACGCUCUGACGCUCUCAACAGCACUCAGGAUGGUUCACACCAUGGAGGGAUUAUCUCUUAAAUCUCCACUCAGAAGCUUCAACGUGUUGGUUUUCCUUCUUCUGAUGCACUUUUAUGAAGCUCAGUCUCAGGCGAUGGCUCCAUCUCAAGCCGUUGUAUCGAUGCUUGGUGGAGACGCUGUGCUGCCGUGCCGUCUGGAAGCUGGUUUAGAUGCUGCUCAGCUGACGGUGGAGUGGGGGAGGCCGGAUCUGGAGCCCAGAUUUGUCUAUAUUUGGCACAACGGGAAAGAACUUACGAACAACCAAAACGCAGCCUUCAAGGGAAGAGUGUCGAUGUCCACAGAUGAACUGAAACAAGGCAACGCUUCCCUGAAGCUCACCCAACUGAAAACAUCUGAUAAUGGAAGAUACAGAUGCUACAUUCCCAAACAGGAAAAAGAAUAUUUUAUGGAGCUCCUUGUUGGUUCUGUCUCUUCACCUGGAAUCAGUUUAGCAGGACUUGGUAGAACCAGCAGCUCAGUUGUGUUACAGUGUGAGUCUGCAGGCUGGUAUCCAGAACCUGAGGUGUUGUGGCUGGACGCUGAGGGAAACCUCCUCUCUGCUGGACCUACAGAGACAGUCAGAGGUCCUGAUGACCUCUAUAGUGUCAGCAGCAGAGUGACUGUGGAGAAGAAACAUGGAAACAAGUUCACCUGCAGAGUCCAGCAGAACAACAUCAACCAGACCAGAGACACAUGGAUCCAUGUUCCAGAUGAUUUCUUCAAGGUCUCGUCUAGCUGCGCUGCUUCUGUUGCCUUUAGUGUGAUUUUUGGAAUCAUGUUGGUUCUAGCAGCUGCAUUUUUUAUCUGGAAAUGGAAGCAAAACAAAAUCCAAAUGAAACGGCUCCAGCAUCCACACGAAGAGAGACAAAAGCUGAUGACAGAAAUCAAUAAAAUAGAAGAUUUGGACAAGAAAAAAGCAAAACUUGAUGAGGAGUUCUUGAAGAAUGAGGAAGAACAAAACAACGUGAUACAGACGAUUGAAGCUCUACAGAAAAUUGCGGGGGAACUGAAGACGCAGAAAGAAAAGCUCGACUCCCAAAGUCAAGAGGCAGAUAAGAAAUCUGAAGAACAGGAGAAGAAGAUGAAGUCACUGGAUGAAGAAGUGAUGAAGAAGGAGGGAGAUCAGACAGCAAACAGAGCACAGGGAUACAUUAGACUAAAGGACAUCAUGACUGAAGUCAAAUGGAACCUGGAGGACAGAAAGAAAGAUCAUCAACAACUGAACAUUACCACAGAGAGUAUCAUGAAGGCUGUAUAUAAUGAGGUUAAUAAACAGAAAGAAAAGAAGCAGAAACUGGAGAUCAGCAAGGAGCAGAUGAAACAACAAAUAGAGGAGAUGGAGAAUCACAAGAAAGUACUUCAGAGCAAACUACAGUCAGAUAAAUGAAGGAAAGUAACAGGAUCAGAUCUCAUCUCCUCAUCAUGUUAACAUGAGAAAAUACAGAAACAGUCAGAGUUUAUGUCUCUGAUCUGUUCUUAGAGACAUUUAGAAUAAGAUUCAGAUGGAUGGAUGGAUGGAUGGAUAGACAGAUGGAUGGAUGGAUGGAUGGACAGAUGGAUGGAUGGACGGAUGGAUUGAUGGACGGAUGGACGGAUGGACGGAUAGACGGACAGACAGACAGACGGACGGACGGACGGACGGACGGACGGACGGACGGACGGACGGACGGACGGACGGACGGACGGACGGACGGACGGACGGACAGACAGACAGACAGAUCUGGACCAUGUAGAUUUACACGAUGAACAUGAAUGUUUUUGUUAGUUUCAUGUUAUAGUGGCUUGAUUAUCUUUAGAAUUUCACAUAACAAUCAGAGUAACACACUUGUACUGUAAACAUGUUUUGUAGCUUUUAUAUUAGUGUGCACUGACUUCUGCAUUAUUAUUAUUCUUUUAUUUUUAACUUUUGUUGUACUAUUGUGUAACUUUUUAGUUUAGGUGAAACCACAUUUUUUCACCACACUUUUGGCCUAAAUAAUGUUUAAAGCUUUACCAUGUUUGUGGCUAACCACUCACUUUGUUAUUUUCUAAACAUUCACAAUAUGCAAAUGACUAUAAACAGAAAUAAAGGGAAGAUUAAUGAUUUGUUCUUUUCAAUGGGGUUAAUUGGGCCUUAAAAUUAAUAAAAUGUGGCUUUUCUUUUUCCUUUUGUCUCAGUUUGCCACUAAACAAUUCUUAAAAAUGGAAAUGAAAAUGUUUGCAAUAAAUCCUUACACGUGUGAUUCAACCUUUUUCUUUAAGAAACUAUUAAAAUUUGUCUGUAAUGUUG